CAACCAAUAAGGUGUCAGAUGAUGGAAAAGCGCCUAGAGAACAGCCAAUCGUUGCUUGCGUAAUAACAUCCGUGGCCAGGAUGUUGCUCAGAGAAUCAAGAUGGCAACCGAGAAUAGUGCGAGUACCGUGUCAAACGAGAGAUGCGAUGUAAAUACUAAAAACCAACGGGUGCCAGAAUCUUUACUUACGAACUCAACGAACGUGAAGCUUGAGAACGGAUUGUCAGAAGUAAUCGCCAAGGUGGAAAGAGAUCACGAAGUGUUACAAAAGCGCGAAGUCGAGACGCCCAGCGGGACGCCCACGAUUUUCGCUACAGCGUCAUCGGCGAGCACUAGCACGGGCGACGGCGACAAUCCACCCGGGAGCCUGGCUGUUGCCAGAGCACCGGGGCAUGGCGAAGAAUCGGCUAAGAUCGAUGGGACUGGGGCUGUCAAUUCAACUUUGUCUCCUCCGUUGCUUACGGAGUCAUCACGUAGCAUGUCGGUUCACAGUCAAAGCAAAGACACAAACAAACUCAAUAAUCAUCACCGAUUGGAAUCGGACGGAGAACAGAAUCGAUGCCAAAUCAGACAGUUUUCAAAAACUACUAAGGAUUCCAUUCAGCAUUCUGUCCACGCCGACACAACUUCCGUUAAUCAAACGAUAUCUGAGAAUAAUAUGUCAACAUUUUCGAUGAAACUUGAAGGAUGUGGAAACGUUUCCAGUAAAACGCCACAACUCGGAGAAAGUCCACAAAGCAGUGGCGAAAUAUUCAGCAGUCCGAGAAGUCCCGACUACCCUCCACGGGUCUCAACAACCCCUAACAGUCCUGACACAACAUUCACUCCAACAACAACAACAGCCAGCACUAUUACCAAUUCCACAAUCAUUAUGGACACAGCAAAAUACAAUGAAGAGCACGUGAGCAACGAAGCAAUUAGUCCUGGUACACCAUUGCUGGAUGAACCCUUCUGUCCACUGUUAAAAGGCAGCAAUGUUCAAGCAGUGAUAGUGAAAACAGAAGCUGAUGUAUCGCAAAGUAUUGAAACAAAGGUUGUGACAACUAAACAAAAUUUUAUGGAAUCAAGUCCAUUAGAUACUUGUGUAAAGGAAGAACCACCUGACCAGUCGAACAAUUAUUUAAUCCCAGUGAAAAAUGAACAGUCAGAUAUUAGCUCAACGAUCGAUCCCAAGAAUGAAAUGGAUUCCAAGUGUCCAGGAUCUACAAACACAAGGCCUUCAGUCUCAGUGGCCACUCAUGGGAAGAGUCACUCCUCCUCUUCAUCUUCAAGAGAAAAACGAAGUAAAGAACACAGCAAUGAGAGACGUCAUUGUUCUCGUUGUUACAAACGUAGCAAAAUCAAACGUGCAAGUAUCGGUGUACAAUGUAGACGGGAUCGUCAUUCGCUCCCCCUAAACCAUAAACCAAUUUCUCAGUCUUAUCCAAAAUUAAACAUUCAUAAUAUGAGACUAAAUCUUCAAACGAAAAGUUAUAAAACCUUGAAGCAGUCAAGUGUCGAUGAUCCUUUGGAAGGUCUAAAAUACAAGAAGUACAUUCACAUAGAAACUUAUCCUAACGGUGGUGCUAGUGUAGUACACAUGUAUCAGGAUGAAAUAGAUGCAUUGACAAGUGAGCAGGUUGAGGAAUUGGCACAGGAAUAUUUUAAGGUGGUUUUUGGGGAAGACGAGAAUGGAAAUGCCUACCACGUCAUGGGGAUAGUUCAUAAUGCAGCAGCGUACUUGCCCGACCUCCUGGACCAUAUGGCUUACAACUAUCCAGCGCUUACCGUGAAAAACGGUGUGCUGGGAAGAAACAGCGAUAUCGAAACUACAACAAUGCUGCAAUACAAGGAGCAUGUUUGUAAAAGUUACAGUAACGGUACUGUAAGAUACGGACCACUUCAUCAAAUAAGUCUUGUGGGUACUGUGCACGAAGAGGUAGGCGGGUACUUUCCGGAUCUGUUACAGAGACUGGAAGAAAAUCCAUUUCUGAAAAUGACAAUGCCCUGGGGUCCGCUAUCAGUGGUCAGUAUGGAGACUCCACAAGAAUCGAAUGAUGGACCCAUCCUAUGGAUCAGGCCUGGGGAGCAACUGGUGCCUACUGCUGAUAUAAACAAAAGCCCAUGCAAGAGACGUCGAACGGGCAUUAACGAACUACGUAAUCUACAAUACUUACCAAGACUCAGCGAAGCUCGUGAGUAUAUGUUUGAAGACCGGACAAGAGCACAUGCCGACCACGUUGGUCAUGGUUUAGAUAGAAUGACGACGGCUGCCGUUGGAGUGUUGAAAGCAGUUCACGCAGGACAGACGUACGAAUAUAACAGAAUUACAAAAGACGUAGUUGCCUUCGAUGCAGGUGACUUUACUGAACUCGUUGAAAAACUACAGUUGGAUCUUCAUGAACCGCCUAUAUCACAAUGCGUUCAGUGGGUGGAGGAUGCCAAGUUGAAUCAAUUGCGUAGACAAGGCAUUCGCUAUGCUAGGAUAAAUUUAUAUGACAAUGACAUAUACUUCUUGCCGCGUAACAUUAUCCACCAAUUUAGAACAAUCUCAGCGGUAUCAAGUAUUGCCUGGCACGUUAGGUUAAAGCAGUAUUAUCCAGAGUCUAUGAUUAAUCUAAAUAUCAAACACAAUCGGGUCGUGAACGAAGCUGCACAUCAUUUUAAGGAGAAAAAAGGCAUUGAGAGGGUUAGUGUUGAUGAACAGAAGGAAAACACUGAUAGACAGUGCAUGGAACUUGAUGAGAAGAAGGCUAAGGAGCGCGCUGCGGAGUAUCAGGGCAAUCUUAAAAAGUCCGAACAACACGGUAAACGUAAAGAUGAUCACAAAAAUCGAGAUGCGCAUACGAGACAUUCUUCUGUCAGUAGCAGAAAAGAAGCGAAUAAGGGCAACGAUGGAUCAACUUCCUACAAGGAUGGAAAACAUUCAAAAAAAAGGAUUGUCGAACGAAAGCAGAGUUGUGAUAAGAGGGAUGAAAGACGGUGCGAUAAAAAACACGAAGAACGACAUCACAGUAGUAAAUCCAGUCACCAUAGUCACGGUAGUAGUAGCAGCAGUAGUAGUCAUCACUCCGGUGAAAAGAAGAAACACAGUAGCAGUAGCAGUAGUAGCAGUAGCCACAAGUCAGAUCAUCAUCACAGUAGAACGAGCAGUAGUAGUACCCCAAGUAAAGAAAGUCCACCAUCUAUACCGGAGUCAAGAUCAGCAACAAUCUUGAAGACGCCAGAGAGCUCGCCGAAAUCUUCUGAAAAGGAUGUUGUUUUGCCAGAGUUUUCCGUCAUGGCGCAUCAGCAACAGCAACAGCAACACCACACCAGUCAUGACUCAAUAAUUUUAGAACCAGAAAUUGUCACAGCCAGAGAAGAAGUUGGUAAAACCUAUGCAACGAAAGUUGUCGACAAGGCAUUGGAAAUCGCCAUUUACAAGUCCAAGACCGACGUUGAAGAAGUUUGCCAGUCUCUACGAAGCGGUGUUUUGGAGGCUUCUAAGGAGAUGCUUGAGAGAAUUAAAAAGGAAAGUUUCGAGAUCGCCCAAAAGAAAUAUAUAAAUGACAGACUAAGGCAAGAUAGAUAUUGUCAACUACUCGAGAAAAAGACUGUAAUGGCGUUUACAUCGAAGAUGGAGUGUGCUACGGAGAACGCAGUGAAGGCUCUUAUAGAGAUGGCUGAAGAAGAGGCUAAGGAGAGAGCGAAAAAUGAGAAACUCGAGAGUACGCCUCCGAGUGCUAUUAGCUCCGGCGAAGAGAAUAAUCAAACCUUGACACUUGGAGUAUCCACGAGCGACAGUGAGAAGCAGAGCACCAGCGGAAUAGGAAGUGCGGAAGAAAAAUCUCCCGAGCAUCAAAGUAUCUUGCCGGAAGUGGACAAGAAGCAUAGAGAGGAGAAGGAAACGAGGGAACAAAGGCACAGAGAACGAAGAGAGCGAGAAAGGAAAGAACGUGAGCAUAAAAAGCAGAGGCAUCAAAGUCCCUCUACGAAAUCAGAAAGUAAAGAAACAGAGAGGAACCGAGAAGAUUCGAUCAAGGAAUCAAAUCAAUCAGUAAGCGAACAGUCUUCGCCCACUAAAAUAUCCGAGCUUUUUGAUAAUAAAAACAACGAGAGAAGAUCCGAAAAACGCAAGGACAGUCAUCAUAGUCACAGCAAGGAUAGUUGUAAGAAAUCAUCGAAUAGUCGUAAGCAUAAAGAUGAUACCGGAUCUUCGAGUCAGUCACACACUUCAAGUUCGAGUCACAAACGAAAAUCAGGAUCGAGUUCGAGUCAAAAUCAUAAAGAAUCGAAAAGGCUGUGCACCGAGGAGAAUAUUGUUGCGCGAGCACCUGACCAAAUUUCUAAUAGCACGACCACAACGUGAAUUAGUUUUUUUUUUCUGGAGUUAGGACGCAAUUCCUAUAUAAAAGAAAUAACUUAAGUGAUACAUCGGAUGUCGAAGGAACCUUUUUUACAUUCGAAUGAAUCUCUUAUGAAUAGUUUUCAAGACCAAGCGGAACGAAAAUUUCUGUGAUCAAAGUUGCACAAUGGAUCGCAAUAGAUCACAACGAAAUCCUCACCCUUCUGCAUCCUCGAGCGCUCCAAGAAAGCAAACAAUCAUGACGUGAUAGUUUUACAUUAGUAUCCAUCGAUGAUACAAAUUAUUGAAAUUAUAUGAUUGUCUCAGCUACACUAUAUUAUGAUCAGAUUGAUACUCGCUUAUCGAUCACGUCGUAUUACAAUGCUAUUUAUUUUAUUCUCAAGAACUCACCGACUUAUUUAAGCCUUAAGCAAUUAAUCCUGCACACUUAUAAUUUUGAUAAUAACAAGGGUGAGGCUUGUGCACUAUGCAAUUCUAAAAUGAAUUACUUAAAAACAAUUUCAUAUACGUUUCUAUGCGAGAUGUAUUCACUGUAUAAACUGUCAUUAUUUACUACGUAUAGGAAUCAAAUAGGCGCGAAUACCCGACAAGCCGUUAAAUCGUUGUACAUUGUACAUACAUAGUAACACGCUGAUUGAGAUUAAAAGUAAUAUUUAUCUCGCGGACUAAAACUUGCUUGAUUGUACGUAAACAAUUUUUAAAGCAUCAUUGAGAAAAGAGCCAUCACGUGUGUGCCCACUUUAUGUUUCCUAUGGUGCCAGCCUGAUUGAUUCUGUCAUUUUACGAAAUUCAGAUUCAACUCUACGUGUACAUAAUAAAGCUUUCUCUCUCAUUACUAUUGCAUUUUCAAAGGAAACACCAUAGCCGUUAUGUGAACUGAGGAUAAAAGUCAAAACUUUGAUAGAAUUAAAAUACAUGUGAUUAAAUUAUUUUAUAGUUAUUGUGCGAAUACAAUAUCUCGAUUCCCUGCUAAUCAAAUCCUGUUAACAAAGGGAAUUAUCAAAUCACAAAUAUAUGCAAUUUGCAAAGGCUGCUUAUCUGCUGAAGUUUUGACGUGACAAAUUAUCAGAGCGACCUAUGUACUCCCAUAUAUAAUUGUACAAGCACGUGCCCGAAAUAGUCGUUAUAAUAAUGUAUAAUAUCUUUGUAAGCUGCACUUGUUAUCCGUUUGUGACAUGGCAGCUUAAAUUCCAAACACAUCCAAUUGAUAUUUUUUUUUUGUGAGCAUCACUGCACUAACCAAACGAAUCAUAAUUCAGAUUAAUUUGGUUAUUUAUAGUGAGGCUGUUAUUUAUUUGUUGUUCAAUCGAAUUGAUUGUAUAAUUAUAUUUAGCAUUUUUAGAGUGCAGCUUAUACACGAGAAUCAUAUUCCUUUUUCUCUGCAUUCUCUGUUUUUUGUUUUCUCUUAUAACAAAUUGCUCAGGCGUUCCCCAGACACUAUUGUCCAAUAAUUGCGUUACAAAUGGCAAUAAUUAAUACCGUCAUUAACUCAAAUUGUUUCACGAAGACCCGUAUCAUUUCAAAGUAAACCAAGUUAAAGGUAUUGUUUAUUAACAUCAUAUAAGCGAGCAAAAAAUAGCUCAUCAAAUUGUUGUACAGCUUAAAUUCUGUAGCAACGAUAGAUACUAUUACUAUUACCAAAUUGAAUAUCUUAUUUAACUAUUUAUAUAUUUUUACAUGUCUAUUACAUAAAAUCGUGGAACAGUGUCGUUAGAAGUCAAUGAUAUCUAUAUAUUUCAUAAUAUCCCAGUAAUAUUGAAUUGCUUGAAAAGAAAUUACGAUCAAUAAGACGACCCUAUACGUACCAUGUUUUCUUUUAUUGAUAAUAGGAACUUGAAAUAAUUCUGCUUAUGUUUAAGGUAAAGGGAUUAUUCGGGUGCUCUUCUUGGUGGUUGCUUUUUAAAUCG